AUGCUUUCAUUUUUCCUCCACCUUUCUUUUUUUAUCUUAAUGUUUUUCUUUCUCUUCCUCCUCUUCUUUCUCUUUUCUUCCUUUUUUAUCUUUAAUGCUCCUCUUCCUUUCUUGCUCCUCUUCUUUCUCUUCUCUCUUCCUUCUUCUCUUCCUUCUCUUGCUCCUCUUCCUUCCUUCUCUUCUUCCUCUUGCUCCUCUUCCUUCUCUCUUCUUCUUUCUUCUUCCUCUUCUUUCUUUCCUCUUCUUUCUCUUGCUCCUCUUCCUUCUCUUGCUCCUCUUCUUUCUCUUGCUCCUCUUCCUUCUCUUGCUCCUCUUUUCUCUUGCUCCUCUUCUUUCUCUUGCUCCUCUUCUUUCUCUUGCUCCUCUUCUUUCUCUUGCUCCUCUUCUUUCUCUUGCUCCUCUUCCUUCUCUUCUUUCUCUUCCGCCUCUUCUUUCUCUUCCUCCUCUUCCUUCUCUUCCACCUCUUCUUUCUCUUCCUCUUGCUCCUCUUCUUUCUCUUGCUCAUUUUCUCUUAUUCAUGUUUGCUCAUCCUUUCUUCAUUGCUUUCCAUUUAUUUUUCUCAAACAUUCUUCUGCUUUUCUUUCUUUUUUUAUAAACUUCCUUAACUUUCUUUCUUCCUUUUUCUCUCUCUCUCUCUCUUCCUUUUUCUCUCUCUCUCUCUUCCUUUUUCUCUCUCUCUCUCUUCCUUUUUCUCUCUAUCUCUUCCUUUUUCUCUCUCUUUCUUCCUUUUUCUCUCUCUUUCUUCCUUUUUCUCUCUCUUUCUUCCUUUUUCUCUCUCUUUCUUCCUUUUUCUCUCUCUUUCUUCCUUUUUCUCUCUCUUUCUUCCUUUUUCUCUCCCUUUUUCUCUCCCUUUUUCUCUCCCUUUUUCUCUCCCUUUUUCUCUCCCUUUUUCUUUUUUUCUCUCCUUUUCUUCCUUUUUCUUUUCUCCCUUUUCUCUCCUUUUCUCUCCCUUUUUCUCUCCUUUUUCUCUCCUUUUCUUUUUCUCUCUCUUUUUCUCUCUCUUUCUUCUUUUCUCUCUUUCUUCUUUUCUCUCUUUCUUCUUUUCUCUCUUUCUUCUUUUCUCUCUUUCUUCUUUUCUCUCUUUCUUCUUUUCUCUCUCUUUUUUCUCUCUCUUUCUUCCUUUUCUCUCCUCUCUUCUUUUUUCUCUCUUUCUUUCUUUUCUCUUUCUUUCUUUUUCCCUCUCUUCUUUUUCUCCCUCUCUUCCUUUUUCUCUCUCUUUCUUCCUUUUUCUCUCUUUCUUCCUUUCUCUCUCUUUCUUCCUUUCUUUCUCUCUCUUCCUUUUUCUCUAACUCUCUGUCUCUUCCACUAACUCUCUGUCUUCUAACUCUCUCUUUCUUCUUUCUUUUCUCUAACUCUUCUCUUCUCUCUCUUUCUUCUCUCUCUCUCUUCUCUCUCUUGCUAACUCUUUCUUUUCUCUCUCUCUUUCUUCCUUUUUUUCUCUCUCUUUCUUCCUUUCUCUCUCUCUCUUGCUAA